AUAUCCACACGAAUAUCUUCCGACCUGGCCCACGCAUAAUACAUAACGAAUAUGGGUAUUGAGUAUUAACGAGUGGAAACGUGGGGAAGUGAAUUGGGGAUUUUAGAUUUCCGUCCCCUUUUCGCAUUCUCCAGGAUUAAGGUAUCAUUUGCUUGUGGGAUUUGAGUGAUAGAUUUGUCAUCCAUAUCCCAAAUAUCAAAGAUUUGACAUAAAUCUAUUCUUUGCUAAGAGACACAAAUUCGUGGGCCCCACGAAUUUACAAAUCCCACAUUUUAUUUGGGAUUUGAUAAUAGAAAGCACAAAUGUGAGGCAAUUCUAUCAUAAAUCUAUGAUAAACCUUAAUUAAACAAACAAUGUACUCUUCUAAAUUCAUAAUGCAAUAAAUCCAUCAUAAAUCCAAAAAAAAUUUAAAAUUAACCCUCAUUUUCAAAUCCAAUAACUAUGAGAAAUGAAAGGUUACUGGACCGCCGCUGCGAAUGUUUAAACUGGGCUUGGGCAAAUGGCCCGCGUUUAUACAGACAAUUCGCCAAGAGAGACUGGGUCAAGCCCAAGUUCAAUUGUUUAGUAAAUUUCUUAUUUCUCCAAUUGGAAGAGUCGAAAGCCAGAAAUCCUUGCUGGAAUUUCUUACGUGGCGGCUAGCCAUUGGCUCUUCUCACGUGUCUCGUUCUCUGAUUGGCCGCGACAACACGAACCCGCGUUUGCUUCCCAAGAUCCGUGCACCUCUCUAUAUCUACUGCACUGACGCACUCAUCGAAGCUGAUCUCCGUGAGUCGGCUUCGCUUAGCUCUUCCUCUCUCGCCGUAGCUUUCCGUCGGAGGGAUUCAAUCGCCGAGAGAUUCAGAUCGGGAAACAGUCGCCACCGCGAAGAUGAGGCGGGCCCGGGUCACUGUGGGACUGGCGCUAUUCUCCGUCGUCUUGGCUGUAAUCUCAUUCGCCCAGCAGCUGCGCGCGACCGGUGACAAGACGAUCUUGUUCGAGUCGUUCGAUGAGCCGUUUGAAGGGCGAUGGAUCGUCUCCGAGAAAGAUGAGUACAAAGGUGUCUGGAAGCACUCCAAGAGUGAGGGACAUGAGGAUUUCGGACUUCUCGUGAGUGAGAAGGCCAGGAAGUACGCGAUAGUCAGAGAGCUUGAGAAUGAAGCGGAUCUGAAGGAGGGUACCACCGUCCUUCAGUUCGAGACCCGCCUCCAGAACGGGCUUGAAUGUGGUGGUGCGUAUCUGAAGUAUCUCCGGCCACAGGAAGCUGGGUGGGUAGCUAAGGAGUUCGACAAUGACUCCCCGUAUUCCAUCAUGUUCGGACCAGACAAAUGCGGAGGGACGAACAAGGUUCACUUCAUCUUGAAGCAUAAGAACCCGAAGAGUGGGGAGUAUGUGGAGCACCACCUCAAGUUCCCACCUUCCGUUCCUUCUGAUAAGCUCACCCACGUCUAUACCGCAAUUUUGAAACCGGACAACGAGCUGAGAAUUCUUGUUGAUGGCGAAGAGAAAAAGAAGGCUAACUUCCUUUCAUCAGAAGACUUUGAGCCCUCCCUGAUUCCUGCCAAGACGAUCCCCGACCCAGAUGACAAGAAACCUGAGGACUGGGAUGAGAGAUCUAAAAUUCCCGACUCCAAUGCCGUGAAGCCUGAUGACUGGGAUGAAGAUGCGCCCAUGGAGAUUGAAGAUGUGGAUGCUGUGAAACCUGAAGGCUGGUUAGAUGAUGAGCCUGAAGAGAUUGAUGAGCCUGAGGCUAGCAAACCAGAAGAUUGGGACGAUGAGGAGGAUGGUGAGUGGGAAGCACCAAAGAUCCAGAACCCGAAGUGCGAGUCUGCACCUGGCUGUGGUGAAUGGAAGAGGCCCAUGAAGAGCAACCCUGCCUACAAGGGGAAAUGGCGUGCUCCUUUGAUUGACAACCCUAGCUACAAGGGUAUUUGGAAGCCUCAGGAGAUUGCCAACCCUGACUACUUUGAGCUUGAGAAGCCCGACUUCGAGCCCAUUGCUGCUGUCGGCAUUGAGAUCUGGACAAUGCAGGAUGGUAUAUUGUUCGACAACAUCUUGAUCGCUAAAGACGAGGCUGAGGCAGCAUUGCACAGAGAGGGACUGUGGAAGCCAAAGUUCGAUGCCGAGAAGGAGAAACAGAAGGCCGAGGAGGCUGCAGCUACUGGAUCAGAUGGUCUUGCUGGCAUCCAGAAGAAGGUAUUCGAUCUCCUUUACAAGGUGGCUGACAUCCCAUUCUUGAAGGAUCACAAGGACAAAAUCAUUGAACUCGUGGAGAAGGCAGAGAAGCAACCUAACCUAACGAUCGGCGUCCUCGUUUCCAUCGCUGUCGUGAUCCUCACCGUUUUCGUUAAGAUCAUUUUCGGCGGGAAGAAGGCAGCCAAGGUUGAGAAGAAGCCAGCACCUGCCGCGGCAGCCACCGAGGCUUCGAGCAAAGAAGAGAGCAGUGGCGAGAAAGAGGAGAAGGAUGAGAGUACGUCGACGGCCGCACCUCGUCGGAGGACGACCAGACGCGAGUAAAUGCUUGUGAGGUUGAAAGAGGACGAAGGAGACGGUUGUCUCUUUGGUAGGAUCGAUCUCUACUGGUUUUUUUUCUUCCUUUCUUGGCCAAAACUGUCCUCUGUAGAACUUCAAGCUUCGUUGAUUUUUCAAUUUUGUGGGCGGAUGGAUGAUUCUUGGCACAGAGUGUAUUUGAAAAGAAACGAAAAAAGGUGACACUUACCAUCUCUUAGAGGUUAUGGUAGUUAGCUACAGCUACUAUAAUAGCUAGUGUCAUUAGAUUGCUUUAGUUUUUUUUCGAUGUACUAAGUUUUUUAUUUUCUUUUAAUUUUUGACAGUAAAGGUUGUACUAAGUUUGCAGUUGCAUUUUUUAGGUGCCCUUUUGCGUCCGUUGAAGUCACUAAUUUUUUUUAGGUAUAAUUUUGGAUACGUAUCUGAUAAUUCAAGAACUGAUAUGAUUCAUAGAAGAAAAGUUGAGAACCCCAACCAUAUUUGUUUGAGGAAAUUCAUGCAUAUGUGUCACUCGUUACGGUUUUAUACUCCUACUCUUAUCAUUUUUUGUCAAAGAAGUCUCUUCGGGCAGUGGAUCGAAAGGUUGUUUUUUUUUUUUUUUAAUCCAAGAUAAGCCCCCCGAGCAAGGUCGGUCAACACAAUUACAAGAAAAACACUAAAACAGAACGGUAGUCCGUAUGCAACCGAAUAUAUAUAUCAAGAAUACAACUUUGCAUCGUCUAAGGAAACUCUAAGGUGAGUGUUCGUCAAUGAGGACAACAAUAAAGGAGUACAUCCAUCGAAAUUACGAUAUAACUAGUAUCCUGAGAAUGUUGAUUGCUUAAUGUUGAUUGCUUUCUGAAACUGGUGAGGUGCUUUGUCGACAAAGUAAUCCCCUGUAAGACUUCAUGCUCGAAUGUUGGUCGAUAGGGUCUAUUCAGUAAAAGCAAUUAAUUGCUUGGCCAAUCUCUUACUUUAGUAAAGAUCAUUAUUUGUUUUGUUCUUAGCCUAAGCAUGGUGAUCAUCCUCUUAGAGUUAGGGGGAUUAAUAUCCCCAAAUGUACUUUGAGUUAAUCACUAGUUGCAACUUGCAAGUUAGUUCUAUGUGUGUUAAAGCAAUUUCGCCAUUAGGUUAAAUUGCAACGAGCUUUUGAAUAGCAAUACAUCCGAGAACUCCUG